GUGCCGGUGGAGGUUGAGCCCGCCAUGGAGCCGGUGACCAAGUGGAGCCCGAAGCAAGUGGUGGACUGGACUAAAGGCCUGGACGAUUGCCUGCAGCAGUAUGUUCAUAAAUUUGAACGGGAGAAGAUAAAUGGUGAACAGCUGUUACAGAUUUCUCACCAGGACCUUGAAGACUUGGGUAUCUCACGGAUUGGACACCAGGAACUGGUUCUAGAGGCUGUGGAUCUCCUGUGUGCACUGAACUAUGGCCUUGAAACAGACAAUAUGAAGAACUUGGUUCUCAAGCUGCGAGCAUCAUCCAACAAUCUGCAAAAUUACAUCAGCAGCCGUAGGAAAAGUUCAAAUUACGAUGGAAAGACCUCUCGCAAGCCCCCCAAUGAAUUCCUUACUUCUGUGGUAGAGCUUAUUGGUGCUGCUAAAGCCUUGCUUGCAUGGUUGGACAGGACCCCAUUUACAGGUAUUGCUGACUUUUCGUCAAUGAAGAACAGAAUCAUUCAGCUUUGCUUGGAUCUCACUACUACUGUUCAGAAGAUCCAUUUUGAUGCCUGGGACAGAGGAGCGCCUGAGUCGGAGUUUAUUGGUGACUGCACUGUGGCUGACAUGGAAGAUAAAGUUCAGACUGUAGCCAAGACUUUAAAUGGCAUUUGCGAUAAAACCAUCCGAUCAACUACAGAUCCAUUGAUGAGCCAGUGUGCAUGUCUGGAGGAGGUUCAUUUAACCAACAUUAAACCUGGGGAAGGCCUGGGAAUGUACAUCAAAUCAACUUAUGAUGGAUUACAUGUAAUUACUGGAACUACAGAAAACUCCCCUGCUGAUCGAUCUCAGAAGAUUCAUGCUGGUGAUGAAGUGAUCCAGGUUAAUCGGCAAACUGUGGUUGGAUGGCAACUAAAAAAUCUGGUGGCAAAGUUGCGAGAGAAUCCUGCUGGAGUUAGGCUGCUGCUUAAGAAACGUCCUACUGGCUCUUUCCAUUUCACUCCCGCUCCACUAAAGAACCUGCGCUGGAAACCACCCUUGGUGCAGACCAGUCCUCCACCAACUUCAACCCAGUCACCAGAAAGUACCAUGGAUACCUCACUGAAAAAAGAGAAGCCAGCGAUUUUGGAUCUGUACAUACCGCCUCCACCAGCUGUUCCAUAUUCUCCUCGAGAUGAAAAGGGGAGUUUUGUAUAUGGAGGAGGCAACAAACCCAGUCAGCCACUACUUGGGUCCAAGGGCGCCGAGUCUCCCAAUUCUUUUCUGGAUCAGGAGAGUCGAAGGCGAAGGUUUACUAUUGCUGAUUCGGAUCAGUUGCCAGGGUAUCCCAUGGAAUCAAAUAUCCUACCAGCCAAGAUGAGGGAAAAAACACAGUCCUAUGGAAAACCUCGUCCUUUGUCAAUGCCUGCUGAUGGGAGCUGGAUAGGAGCUGCAGAACCCUUCUCUAGGCCACGAGCACUAGGGAGAAAAGGUGAAGAUGUCCUCUGCAGGUACUUCAGUAAUGAAAGGAUACCCCCAAUCAUUGAAGAAAGCCCCUCCACACAACACCCCCUCUCAAGGCCAGUGUCUGACAAGCAGUUAGUGAGGGGAACGGAUUAUAUUCGAGGCAGCAGGUGUUUUAUGAAUACAGACCUCCACAACAGUGCAACAAUUCCUUUUCAAGAGGAAGGUGCUAAAAAAUCCUGUGUUACAUCGUCCACAAAAUCUUCCUCCACAGAGCCCUCGCUGCUGGUCAGUUGGAUCACGAGACUGAAAUUGCUGACUCAUUGACUAUUGUUCACAGGACUGUUACCAAGUGCCUUUGCUCAUCGGUCAGACUUCUCUACUUUUCAGCUUAACUGAUGCAUAGUGACUAAUGCGGUGUUCUUUUCCUGGAGAAUCUUACAUUUUUGCCUUUUUGUUUGUGAUUUUUGAUGGAUCCGAGGGUUUCAUAGUGCAAGGAAGGAAGAAAGAUAAAGAUCAAGUUCCUCUUCCUGGCCAAAAGCUAAGGGCAUUUAUUCCCCUGGAAAUGAGUAAAAUUUCAGUGAUAUAGAGGCCAGACAUGACCUGAAAUAUGCAUAAUGACUCAGAGGAAAUCAUUGCAUUACCAUAAAGUCCAGUGGCACUUCAGUUGUCUGAAUGCUCAGAGGCUGGUGCGACUGGCUGGGUGUCAGAGUAUGUAGAGCUCAGCCAAAUUUGUGUUACUCACCUGACCAGGGAAGAUAAGCAGGGAAACAGCAGUUUCAUGCAACUUAGUGAUGCUGUUGCAAGUACUGCAUGAGAUCAACCUUGUGAGGAAGUAGUAGUAGUGUUGCCAUUCUUUCUCUGAUAUCCAGAGAUCUUAGGAAGAGAGUUCUCUUAUUCAGAGAUCUUAGGAAGUUGGACUAAUUUAAUUACAAAUCAAUCCAACCUGAUAUAUAAUCCAUUUUAUCGAAAUCACAGUACAAAUAAAGAGCACUGAACGACUGCAGUGCUCAUCCGUAAAGAUAUAUGGAUUGCUACAACAUGACAAGGAAAUGCAUCUGUAGAGGUGGUAAAAGACUAUAUAUUUUUUCCUUAAUUGUUUAAGAAUGAUUUGCUGUUAACCAAAGUAAGCUUUUAAAGACAGUCCUGUUGGACUUACGAGAACUUUUA